GUCACUUCCAACAACAAGCUGUUUAUUUUUAUCUAAGCAUUUAGGUUGAAACCAAAGAAAAAACUCAAAAUGAAAUUAUUUGCAUUAUCAGUUUUAUAUAAAUCACCUGAUGGUAAAGUAAAUCAGUUAAAAGCUGCCCAUGAAUUAUCAUCAUUUGGUUAUUUUCAAAGAGGCAGUAUCAAAGAGUUUAUGGACUUUACCAGUAAAAUUAUAGUAGAAAGAACAGCUCAGUGUUCUAGAGCUUCUGUUAAAGAACAGGAGUAUAUAUGUCAUGUAUCUGUACGUAGUGACAAUCUAGCUGGUGUUGUUAUAGCUGAUCAUGAGUAUCCGCAGAGAGUUGCUCAUACUUUAAUUAACAGAGUAUUAGAUGAAUUUAGUUCUAAAAUAUCACAACAGCAAUGGCCAGUUAUAAAAGAAAGUGAAGUAAAUUUUACCACAUUACCUGAUCACUUACAGAAAUAUCAGGAUCCAAAACAAUCAGAUGCCAUGACCAGAAUUCAGUCUGAUUUAGAUGAGACCAAAAUUAUUUUAUAUAAUACAAUGGAACAAGUAUUAGAAAGAGGUGAAAAAUUAGAUGACUUAGUUGAGAAGUCAGAAGGUUUGAGUAUGCAGUCGAAAACUUUCUACAAAACGGCCAAAAAGACCAAUUCUUGUUGUGUUAUAUUAUGAAGUGUCAGUUUUAUUUUAGCUCAAUUCAGUUCUAUUAAUUUAUCGACCCUUUUCAUAAAUCAAAACAAGAUCCACUUCGAAUGACUACAGGUCGUAGCUUUUUAUUGUCAACAAGGUUAUGAAAGCACAGGUUCAGGGUUUUGCAG